AUCAAGAUGAAAUAUGGGCACUGGUUCCUAAAGUCCAAAAACCAUGAUCAUGGCAUAUGGCACAACAUUACAAUGAUGCUUCUUUUUAAUAGGAUAGAUCAGGCAAAUUUCAUUAGAAAAUCUUUUAAAAGCUGCUCAUUCUGACACAUCCAGCUGGGGUACGUCUCUUCCAGGUAGAGGUGUACAGGAAGGUCCACUCACUCCUCAAACUCAAGGACAGAGUUUGGUGCUUUUAUGUCAGGUGUCCUUUCUUUAACCACUAAUAGAAAGUCUUUCUGCUGUUUGUCUUCCCAGACCGCCGGCAGGAUUAUGUUGGAAAAGAGGAGGAUUUCUCUGACCAGCAGCUCUAUGAACAGGGGAUGAAUUCCAGUUUGGACCAAGAGGAACCAGAACCUCUGCAGAUAAAAGAAGAGCAGAAAAAACGAGAACAUCCCUGGACAAAAGAGGAAACCAUGGAGCUCCCCAUAAGUGAGCAUGAAGAGCAGCUUUUUCUUAAGCAGGAGACUGACAAGAAAUCUUUCCCAUGUUUGACAUGUGGAGAAAACUUUCCAAACAAAGAAGAUUUAUUGGAUCACAUGAGAACUCACACAGACCACCUGCAGGAUUAUGUUGGGAAAGAGGAGGAUUUCUCUGACCAGCAGCUCUAUGAACAGGAGAGGAAUUCCAGUUUAGACCAAGAGGAAUCAGAACCUCUGCAGAUAAAAGAAGAGCAGAAAGAACUAGAACAACCCUGGAUAAAAGAGGAAACCAUGGAGCUCAUCAUAGGUGAGCAUGAAGAGCAGCUUUUUCUGAAGCAGCAGAUUGAAGAGAAACCGUUCUCAUGUUUGACAUGUGGAGAAAACUUUACAAAAAAAGAACAUUUAUUGGAUCACAUGAGAAAAGAGGAGACAGAAAUUACAGGAGACAAACCUUUCCCAUGUUUGACAUCUGAAGAACAUUUCAAGGUUCACAUGAGAACUCACACAGUUCAGGAGAUAUAUGAAUGUCUCUCCUGUGGAAAAAAAUUCCCAAAGAAAUCUAGAAGUGAUGGGCACAUUAGAAUUCAUACAGGUGAGAAACCUUCUUCCUGUGCGAUUUGUGACAAGAAUUUCACGGAAAAAAGUAGUGUGACUACGCAAAUCAGAAGUCCCGUUGGUGAGAAGCGUUUUGAAUGUCUAUGCUGUGGAAAAAGCUUCACCUCUAAAUAUGAUCUUAAUAAUCACAUCAGAAUUCACACAGAUGAGAAGCCUUUUUCCUGUACAAUUUGUAACAAGAACUUUACUCAAAAGAGUAAUCUGACUUCUCACAUGAGAAUUCAUGCAGGUGAGAAGGCCUUUUCCUGUACCAUUUGUAACAAAAAUUUUACUAAAAAGAGUAAUUUGACUUCUCACAUAAGAAUUCACGCAGGCGAGAAGCCUUUUCCCUGUACAAUUUGUAACAAAAGUUUUACCACAAAAAGUAGUUUGACUACUCACAUGAGAAUUCACACUGGUGAGAAGCCUUUUUCCUGCACCAUUUGUCACAAGAAUUUUACUCAAAAGAGUAGUUUAAUUUCUCACAUGAGAAUGCACGCAGGUGAGAAGCCUUUUGAAUGUGUAUCCUGUGGAAAAAGCUUCACCUAUAAGUCUGAUCUGGAUACACAUGUCAGAAUUCACACAGGUGAGAAGCCUUUUUCCUGUUCAGUUUGUAACAUGAAUUUUACUCAAAGGAGUAACUUGACUUCUCACAUGAGAAUUCACACAGGUGAGACGCCUUUUUCCUGCACCAUUUGUAACAAGAAUUUUACUCAAAAGAUUAAUUUGACAACGCACAUGAGAAUUCACACUGGUGAGAAACCUUUUUCCUGCAUGGUUUGUGGCAAAAAUUUUACUCUUAAAAAGUCUUUUGACAAGACACAUGACAAUUCACACAUGUGAGAAGCUGUUCUCCUGAAUGAUUUUUGACAAAGAAAUGGUAAUUUGAGUAUUCAGAUGACCUCUAAUCAUGCAUGAUGUGGAAUGAUUUAUAUAUUUUUUAAAGCUAUUUGUAUCACAUAGGUCACAUCAAUUAAAAGCCACAGGAAUGAACAGUAGAGGCGUUUUCCGUGUUUGACCGGUGAUAAAAUCUAGAAACUCCAUCACCUCAUUACAUGACACCCUCACAGGUUAAUGGUCUUUUUUGAGCAAAUUUUGAUAAAGCCAAUAAUUAACAGCUCUGUUUACAUAGAAACUAGAACAGAUGAGGUGUUAUAUUGUAAACCUGGUUAAUAUUCAGGUCCUGGGUGAAUGUGUGGAUG